CCCUAACGGAAGGCGGGCGAGCGCGCCGCCGGGACCGCGCCUCUUCCGGGCGCGCGGCUGUGGACCUGCUGCCGGGACGGGGGCGGUCCUUGGCGUCUCCGCGGCUUUUCUGGGUGCACUGUGCCGCUGCGAUAGGUGGCGAGCCCGGCUGUAGCCUUCCCGGCGGGGAGAGACGCUCCGCCCCGCACAGUGCUGGCCUGCGGGACGCCCGGCUCUCGGGCGGAGGAGCCGAGCGGAAGGAGGAAGCCGGGCUGGCGGCGGCCGGCUCUCGGCCGAUUUUUUUCAGAUUUUGGAGUAUUUGCACAUGCGGAAUGAGAUACCAUGAGGAUGGGACCCAAGCAUAAACAUGAAAUUCAUUUGUUUCAUUUACAGUUGAUACACAUAGCCUGAAGCUACCAAUCUUACCAUGCUUCCCUGUGAUAUUUGUGGUGAAAUGGUAACCUCAGAAUCGGAUAUGAAGACUCACCUCUUAAUUGUUCACAUGGAAAAUGAAGUUGUAUGUCCAUUUUGCAAGUUGUCAGGUGUCAAUUAUGAUGAAAUGUGCUUUCACAUUGAAACUGCUCAUUUUGAGCAGAAUACUCUAGAAAGAAACUUUGAGAGGGUGAACCCAAUGCAGUAUGGAACUUCAGAUAACAAGGACAGCACUCUGCAGACUACGAUGGAAGCUUGUGCAUCUAGUCAUCCAAAAUGUUCAGCUCAAAGCCUUCCUACAGAUGGUACUUUAAAACAUGAAGUCUUUUAUUCAGAGAACUUAACUGGACCUAGAAAAUUCCUGAAAAGUAGGGAAAACCAGUCUGACUUAUUUGAAACAAAAGAAUCAAUUUAUGACACAAUGUAUAGUCCUCCUGAAUGUCCAUUCUGUGGAAAGAUAGAAGAAUGUAGUCAAGAUAUGGAAAAUCAUGUGAAAACAAAGCAUGUCAGUCUUUUAGACCCACCAUUAGAAGACUGUGAUCAAGCAUUGUAUGACUGCCCUAUGUGUGGGCUCGUCUGUACAAACUACCAUAUUCUCCAGGAACAUGUUGACUUGCAUUUAGAAGAAAGGAGCUUUCAACAAGGCAUGGAUAGAAUUCAGUGUUCUGCUGAUCUAGAAUUGGCUCACCAGCUUCAGCAGGAAGAAGAUCGGAAGCAAUCUGAGGAAUCAAGACAAGAAAUGCAGGAAUUCCAGCAGCUGCAGCAACAAUAUGGUUUAGAUGGGUCUGGAGGAUAUAAACAACACCAACUGCGAAAUAUGGAAAUAGAAGUAAAUAGAGGAAGAAUGCACCCGACUGAGUUUCACAGGAGAAAAGCUGACCUUAUGGAAUCCCUAGCUGUUGGUAUUGAUGAUGGAAAAACAAAAACUUCUGGAAUUAUUGAAGCACUUCAUAGAUACUAUCAGAGUACUGCCACAGAUGUGAGGCGUGUGUGGCUUUCUGCAGUGGUAGAUCACUUUCAUUCCUCUCUAGGUGACAAAGGUUGGGGUUGUGGUUACAGAAAUUUCCAAAUGCUACUUUCAUCAUUAUUACAGAAUGAGGCUUAUGAUGAUUGCUUGAAAGGUAUGUCAGUUCCUUGUAUUCCAAAAAUUCAGUCUAUGAUUGAAGAUGCAUGGAAAGAAGGUUUUGACCCUCAGGGGGCCUCUCAACUUAAUAACAGGUUACAGGGAACAAAAGCCUGGAUUGGAGCAUGUGAAGUAUUUACCCUCCUGACUUCCCUGAGGGUCAAGUGCCGUAUUGUUGAUUUUCACAAGGCAACUGGUCCUUCGGGUACACACCCUCGCUUAUUUGAAUGGAUAUUGAACUAUUACUCUUCAGAGCAGGAAGGGAAUGCAAAGGUAGUAUGCACAUCCAAACCUCCUAUCUAUCUCCAGCAUCAAGGUCAUAGUCGAACAGUUGUUGGAAUUGAAGAGAGAAAAAACAGAACAUUAUGUUUACUAAUAUUUGAUCCUGGAUGUCCUUCCCGAGAAGUGCAGAAACUGUUAAAACAAGACCUUGAGGCGAGUAGUCUCAAGCAACUUAGGAAAUUCGUGGGGAAUCUAAAACAUAAGCAAUACCAGAUAGUGGCAAUAGAGGGUGCUCUUUCUCCAGAGGAGAAAGCGGCCAGGAGACAAGCUUCUCAAGUCUUUACAGCGGAGAAGAUUCCUUGAAGAAUUAAGCUUUUUGGUGAUUAUGGCAUUGCCCUUUGUUUUCCAAACUCUGAUAUGGAACUCUUUAAUACAACUUAAGAAUCUGCAAAUUCUCUUAAGUGCUCAACAUGUUUGCCUACAUUACAUUUUACCUUAAAAAAAAAUUAAACCUUUAGUGCUUUAUUAUCUACUAAUUGUUUCAAUAAAAUAUUUUCUUUGCACUGAAA